UAAUAUUGGUUGUUGACAUAAUUAAUGAGAAAGUAUCCCCACACACAUACUAGAGUUUAUAAAUACACAACCUAGGUUCAAAGUAAUUAAUUGUCUAAUCUCUCUGCAACAAUAUUUGAACAUGACUUCCCCUACCACUAAACGAGUUUCAGAAUGUUUUAUCAAGCCAAUUCAUCCUAUCAAAGAAUCAAAUCAAAUAUGUUAUUUAACAGGUUGGGAUAUUGCUAUGUCAUCUAUGCACUACAUCCAAAAAGGAUUAUUAUUUACAAAACCAACACCACAAAAAUUCAUUGAGAAACUCAAACACUCUCUCUCUAUUGCACUUUUCCAUUUCUACCCUCUUUCUGGUCGCCUUGUCACCCACAAAAGUCAACACCCUCAUUCUUAUACAAUUUUCAUUGAUUGUAGUAAUAAUAAUCCUGGAGCUAGAUUCAUCUACGCAACUUUGGAUGUGUCCAUUUCCCAUAUCCUCUCACCAGUUGAUGUUCCUCCUUUUGUUGACUCAUUUUUUGAUCUCAACAAAGCAACCAACCACGAUGGUCACACCCUUCCACUUUUAUCAAUUCAAGUCACUGAGUUAAUAGAUGGUGUUUUCAUAGGUUGUUCCAUGAAUCAUUGUAUUGGUGAUGGAACUUCUUUCUGGAAUUUUUUUAAUGUAUGGUCUGAGAUAUUUCAACAUGAAAACGAUGUUCAUGUUCAUGUUUCUCACAAUCGUUGGUUUCCAAAUGGUUAUGGUCCACCAACCAAUCUUCCCUUCAAACAUCACGAGGAGUUUAUCAACAAAUAUGAAUCACCUAAUUUUAGAGAUAGAUUCUUCCAUUUUACGUGUAUUGCAAAGUUGAAACAAAAGGCAAAUAAGGAAUACAAGACAACAAAAAUAUCUUCGUUCCAAGCCUUAUCAGCACAUGUUUGGAGAUGUGUGACACGCGCGCGAGGACUAAGAGAUGAUCAAAAAACCAGUUGUAAGUUAGCCAUAAACAAUAGAUUGAGAAUGGAACCGCCUCUUCCAAAAGAAUACUUUGGAAACUCGGUUGAUGUGGUUAGUACAGAAACGAGUGUGAAGGAAUUGGUUGAGAAUGAUUUGGGAUGGGCAGCAUGGAAAGUGCAUAUGAGUGUUGUGAAUCAUGAUGACAGAGAAGUGAGAGAGAUGAUUCAAAAGUGGUUAGAGGAUCCUGUUGUUUACCAACUUGGUCGACACUUUGAUCCUUAUAGUAUUACAGUGUCAAGUUCACCGAGGUUUAAUAUGUAUGGGAAUGAAUUUGGAAUGGGGAAAGCUGUGGCGGUUUUGAGUGGAUAUGCAAAUAAAUUUGAUGGGAAUGUGUCAUCAUAUGAGGGGUAUGAACCUGGAACUAUAGAUUUGGCGCUAACUCUUACACCUCAUGCAAUGAUGGCGUUGGAAUCGGACCCUCACUUCCUCAAUCCACUUUAACUGUCCUGCACUAUCUACUACUUUCAUACGGUCGAUCUUUUUUCUUUACCACCUCUUUCUUAAUCAAAAUAAGGUUUUUUUUAGCAAUUAAUAAAAAUAAGAAAAAGUCACAUAGAUAGAAAUAGAGGAAAUGAUAUGAUACAUGUACUGUGUUCGUCAUACGAUAAGAAGAGAAAAAAAAAUGAUUUGUAUAAAAUUAGAAGUGUUUAAAUAUAAGAGUCAACCAAAAAAAGAUGAUAUAUAUAUAUAUUUAUAUAAAAGAAAA